AUUAAAUUGACUCAACGUAGAAUAAGUUAGUUGGGGAAGUGAGAGACGGCCUGUUUGAGUAAGACCCCUUGUGCUUUAUUUGAACCCUGCUGCCUUCCCAUUCUCUUCCUUCCCAUCUGUAUAGAUAGAGACUUUUGUUUCCCUCUCCCUCUCCUUUCUUAUCUUCCAUUAUUGAAUAUGGGGAAUUGCCAGGCCAUAGACGCUGCAGCUCUGGUCAUACAGCAUCCGAGUGGAAGGAUUGACAGACUCUACUGGCCUGUUACAGUCAGUGAGGUCAUGAGAGCAAAUCCCGGUCAUUAUGUAUCCUUGAUCAUCCCUUUGCCUGUUUCACAAUCAGAGCAAGAAACUCAGGAUCAGGAGCAGAAAACUAUACGGUACACACGUGUCAAGCUUCUUAGACCGACAGAUACUCUCGCUCUUGGCCAUGCUUACAGGCUUAUCACUUCUCAAGAGGUUAUGAAGGUCUUGCACGCAAAGAAGCACGCGAAGAUGAAGAAACAAUCUGAAUCUGUACGUAAACAACAGUCAACAACAGAUGAGCAGAGUUCAAGUGAUCAAGCAGCACAAAACUCAUCCAUGGAAAAGGCCCACCAGCCACAGAAACAGGAAAGACACCGUCCAAGAACUGCAUCCACAAACACUGCUUCCACAAGACCAAAAUCGUGGCGGCCCUCAUUGCAAAGCAUCUCUGAGGCUAGCAUGUGAUGGUGCUUUCAAGCUUCAGUUUCAACAUUCAAAGUGAUCCUAGAGAUGUGCAAUGAUCUGCCUGUUCUUCUACCGGUGAUCUUCAUAAAUGAACUCGAGCAUGGAAUAUAUAUUCACUAAAACCAUAGAGUUCAGGGUGAAGAUUUCUGUGUCAUUGCCGAUCACAGCUUCCAAAUGCAAACUUCUUUAAAAAUAAGACAUCUGUAUAGCUUCAAAGAAAAAAGGAAAAAAGAAAUGCACCUUACAUUGCAUUACAAAUAGUUUUUGCCA